UAUAAAGUUACGUCUACAUAUAAUAAAGUUUUAAUUUUCAAAAUUAGGGGAUAAGUAAAUAUGAAAGUGCGGCCACAUUGUUAUGUUGCAGUUUUGUUUCCAUACGCACGUGUUGCGUAUGUUGUUUAUAAACAUUUCACCGGUUUAAGAAAAUGAGCCAAAAAGUGGUAAUUAAUAAACGUUUGAAAGGCCUAACGCCUGAGGCCCUUAACCAGCUAAGUAAAGCAGAGUUAGUUAACAAAAUUGUGCAGCUAGAAGCGUACAAUUUCCAACUAAAAAACCUAUUGCAAAAGAAACUAACAGAGAGCGACAAAAACAAUGCUGAAUACAAAACGUUGUUGGAAGGGGAGAGCGGGGUGCGAGAGCGUUCAAAGGAGUCGAUGGAAUCGGAGGAUAAGUCUUCCACCAAACGGAAAAAGCAACGUAUGUUUGAUUGGUCUAGUGCACAUCGGCGUCAUGUCCUUCUCAAGGUUGUCUAUUUUGGCUGGGACUAUCAAGGCUUUGCAUGCCAGGAGGACUCAAAUGACACAAUUGAAGCGCAUUUAUUUCGUGCCUUGUUGCGCACUUGUCUGAUUGAAUCUCGCGCUUCCUCCAACUAUCAUCGCUGUGGACGCACAGACAAGGAGGUGAGCGCCUUCUGCCAAGUUAUAUCCAUUGAUUUACGCAGCAAACUGGCACCUGAAGCCCAACUAGAUACACAGUCGAUCACUUCAGAAAUUGACUAUUGUAGUCUACUGAAUCGCGUGUUGCCCAAGAACAUCCAAUGUGUCUCCUGGAUGCCGUUGCGUAGUCCAGUGUAUAGUGCUCGCUUCGAUUGUAUUGCCCGCACUUAUCGCUAUUACUUCCCUAAGGGUGAUCUGAACAUUGAAGCUAUGCAAUUUGCAUGCCAACUAUUACAACGCCAUGCCGAUUUUCGCAAUUUUUGUAAAAUGGAUGUUCAUAAUGGCGUCACAAAUUACAUGCGCAAUCUGCAGCAUGCGGUGGUAAAGCCAUGCGAUGAGACAGCUUCCGCUUCUGGCUAUGCAAUGUACUUUUUGGAAAUCAAAGCGAACGCUUUUCUAUGGCAUCAGAUACGCUGCAUUAUGGCCGUACUGUUACUCGUUGGCCAGAGGCACGAGCAGCCGAGUGUUAUUAGUGAACUGCUAGAUGUUGUGAAGAAUCCCUGCAAGCCGCAAUACACACCUGCCAUUGGACUGCCAUUGAAUCUGUUUCAUUGCGAGUUCCGGGCGCACACAACACGUCUAGCCAACACAUCAGGGAAUGCUGUUAAUGAUGCUCACGAUGAUGUGCUGGACAAUGAUAAAGUCGAGUCGGCUGUCAACGAACCCGAUCUAACAGAUUGGGUUUAUAGCGAGGAAAAUUUGCAAAAAUUGGUCGAGAACUUGCAGUGUGAGUGGACACAGUUCAGUGUAAAAUGCACCAUGAUUCGUAAUGUACUCACGCAACUGGAGGAGAUGCUUGAACAGCAAUUCAAGCCACAAUUGGUCCAAUCCCAAGUGAUUAUGCUGCAGGAUGCGGUUAAACCGCGACAACAUCAGCCGCUUCUGCAGCGCAAACGAUGUGAGAGUUUAGAAAAUCGCAUCGAGCAUUUUGUAAAAAAGCAAAGGCUGAUAGUGAAGGAGUCUGCAGAAACGGAUGCGAGUAAUCGGAUGGAUGAGACAAGCUAAAAGACUUUGUAAAUGCUGUAAUUAAUUGAGUAAAAUUACUCUGCAUAUUUAUUAUUAUUACUGUAUUCAAGUAAACAAUAUAUGUAUAAUAUUUAAGGUACACAAUUUGAUUUAGGCAAUAUAGCUUUUUUCUAUAGCUAGAGAACAAUUCCAAGGAAAGUCAGACGACAUUGAAUUUAAAGUUGAUUUUAUUCUUAAAAUCAUGUUCUUAAGGAUUAACAUUGAGUACUAAUUUGUAUGCUUCUCUUCUGCUGUGUGGACAAUGUACAACAACAAUUUAUGACUAUGAAAGAACGGACAAUGCUGGAUUAAGGCCAGCUAGUUAUUAUAUAGUACUUGUAGUGAUAUGUGUAAACAACAUAUAUAUUUAUUUAUAUAUGUAUAUAAGUGCAUUAUUUUACGGGAGAUUUGUACGUUUACAAAAGUUUGACUACAAACUAAAUUUUAGUUUUCAAAUUUACAGUCGUUAUUGUAGGUAUAACAAAUAGUUUUUAAAACAUAGUUAAACAUAUAUAUGUACUAUAUAUAAUUAAUAGUAUGUAAGUUAAUAGCUUAUACUCCAAUAAUUGGGCAGCUCUAUGUACCCAUUGAUUUGGCCUUUUGUAGUCUGAAAUCGCAAGAAUGGAGAAUUAUAGUCUCUAUAAAUGUGUAGCUUAAAGCAAAACUCACUUUCUUCGCAGGAUGCGCAGCACUAUUGUGCCCUCGCGCACAUUCUUGAAGAGUCCAAUCGUCUCGGCAUGGCUCAUGCCCUGCACAGAGUGUCCAUUGAUUUCGACAAUCUCAUCGCCUGUUGGAAGAAGAUCGGGUGAUAUUGAAGCUCCGACCCAAAAGAAGACGACAAGAAUGCUGCAACUUACCCGCCUGCAGCGUGCCAUCAUCGGCAGCUUGGCCAGAGGGAAACACUGUCUUCACAAAGAUGCCCAUGUUGCCCUUGGGUGAGUCCCGGCCACCCACAAUGCUAAAGCCCAGCGACUUGAGGCCUGGCCCCUUGAAGAACGUUAUCGUCUUUGGUGUCGAGCGCCCAUUGCCUGCAGAUGUAAAGGAAUCAAAUGAGGAGUUAACAAAUGAUCAAAUAUAUAGACAAUGUGGUUAUUGUUAGGCUAGGUUAGGCUCACCCUCGCUCAUGGAGGCACGUAUGACCUCGGCCAUUUCCUCGUCGCGUAUUGUUAGCUUGGCCACCGGCAGCGAUGGACGAUGAUGCAUUAAAGAGGCGGCUGGUGGUGGUGCUAACGAUGUGUUAGUUACACCAGCUGCGGAUGAUGGAGGAGCAGUGGAGCAGGAAUUGAGAAA